UCGCACGGAACGAGAUUCUUUCUUCUCUGUUGCCCCUUCGAUCCUCUCCUCUCCCUCCCUCCCUCCCCAAGGAAGGCCGGUGGCGCCAUGGCCGAGACGGCGUGGGAGCUCGCCGAACUAUUCGUCCUCCGCCCCGUCCUCGCCAUCUUCUUUGCCCUCUCAUUCAUCCUCCUGAGCUGGUAUGUGGCGUGGAGGACGGUGCUGGCGCACGUCCCGCUCGUGCAGGAGGUCGCCGGCCUGCGCCGGAACAAGAAGCCCGCCAAGCCCAAGCCUCCCAACCGCGGCCGCAUCGGCAGGUUCUACCAGUCGCAAGCGCAAGCGCAAGCGCAGAGGUGAACGAAGCCUCUUCUCUGUGCCCCCAUUUGGAUUCUGCGGCAAUUCACACACUUGCUCAAUUCUAACCGAGAUUAGAUUUCUCGGAUGUCCCCCAAGGAGUAUAUUGAGUCUCAUGCACCGACCGACCAGUAACCAAAAUUCUGAACCGAUGUAAGGUUGGGCAAAUCCAUGUAUACUUCAACACAAGAAAAAUAUCCAUAAAUCCUUAUUGUUCACAGAGAGUUAUGAUUAAAAGUGGCUGUAAUUUUUUUCUGGUUUUUAUCACUGUCAAGUGUUAACUGAAAAUUGAACACGAUAAGUGUGGUUGUUAAUUCAGGCAUUUUAUCCGUA